CGGGUUAUGAUAUUAAUACAAAAGCUAACUCCCGGUGCGACCGGUCAGCUAGCCAGGGCACCCUCUCGCUUCAGCUCUGCACAUUGCCGUCUAUCCGUCUUUCGUCCGCCCGCGAUUGUGCGUAUCGCGUGAGCCGAAAGUCUCUUGUUCUUCGCGGCUUGGAGCGGCUUUUGCUAUUUGUCUUGAGAGAGCUUAAAUCCCUUUGGCCUAGAGAAGAUACUCUACUGUGACGUGCUGCAAAAUGUAUCUCACGAAGAAGACUCUCGUCAUCGCAUUUGCUCUUGGUGGACGUAUAAACGCGCAGUCUCUCAGUCUUGGACCCUCGACUUUUACAGUUCCCGGUGCAUUCCCAACCUCGGUAUACAGCAGUUAUUAUAACAACCCGACACAGACAAGUGAACAAGUGCAGCCUGUUAUUUCGGAUCCUGUCACUCAUACGGUGUAUCCGUUUGACCUCACGAAUCCGGACACUAUCCCUGUGAAUGAUACGAAUGACCCGCACCCUCUACCCCCACGAGCCUCGGAUUCGACGAUCCUCGCUCAUGCAGUCCGACAAAUACAGCUACUCGCGACACCUGAAACGCCAAACUCACCAUUUCUCAAUGACACUUGCGCAAAAUGUCAAGCUGCGCUGGGUAUCCUCAAAUUCGUAGCGCUCGCGGCGCCAGAGCAAGGACCUGCCGCAGUCGUCGCGAUGUGCCAAGCAUUCAAGCUAUCGUCGAAUUGUAAUACAGCAUUUGGACCUCUUGCUCUUGGAAGUGUCAUUACUCAGGUCGUCGCACGCGCAGACGUCGAGGGAUUCGAUGGGCAGAUGAUGUGCCAGAAUUUCCUUAGCGCGUGUCCACUCCCUCCGACAUCGGCACUCAACCUCACCAACUGGUUCGCAAAGCCCAAGCCUAAUCCGCUUCCUCCGCCAAAGAAGCCAAGCGGAAAACGUCUGAAGGUUUUGUCGCUUUCGGACAUACAUUUGGAUGCACGGUACGCCACAGGAGCUGAAGCAAAUUGUACAUCUGGAUUGUGUUGUCGUGAGGGAAACGUUGCCACUUCCAGCCCGAAUCAAACACUUGUUCCCGCCCCACGUUUUGGUGCAUUCCUCUGUGAUUCACCUUAUUCGCUCACGCUUUCAGCGCUUGAAGCAAUUCCAGUGCUUACCGGGACGCAAGAUACUGGUUUUGCGUGGACUCUAUACAAUGGUGACCUGGUCGCGCACGAUACAGAUGCACAGCUCUCACAAGCAUACGUGGAGUAUGUCGAGACGGUGAUCUUCGACCUCAUCAAACGUAUGUUGAAAGCGGGUCCGACAUAUGUCGUGAUUGGAAACCAUGACUCUGUCGGCGUGGCUGAAGAUGCACCGAAACUACUCGGAGGAGAGCUCGCGCACCAAUACGACUGGAACUACGAGCAUGUCUCAAGUCUCUGGCAACACGAAGAUUGGAUUCCCGAAGCAGCUGUAGAGCUCGCUCGUGCGCAUUACGGUGGAUAUAUGGUCCGCCGGAAGGAUGGACUGCGGAUUAUCACGCUGAAUACGAAUCUUUGGUACCGGGCAAAUUGGUUCAACUACAUCAACAUGACCUCUUCUGAUCCAUCGGGCAUACUUCGGUUCCUUACGGAUGAAUUGCAGGAUGCGGAGGACGCUGGAGAUCGCGUGUGGAUCAUGGGACACGUACUCAGCGGUUGGGAUGGGACCAAUGCGCUAUUAAACCCAUCCAAUCUUUUCUAUCAAAUCGUUGACCGUUAUUCUCCGCAUGUUAUCGCUGGUAUCUUCUGGGGCCACACACAUGAAGACGAACUCUCGAUAUUCUACACGAAUAAUGGGACCGUGCAGUCUGCUGAGAAUGCAUUGGUCGUCUCUUGGAAUGCACCGUCGAUUACACCUGCUUCAAACCUAAACUCAGGCUUCCGUGUAUACGAGGUAGACUCUUCUACGUUUGAAGUACUUGACGCACACACAUGGAAGUCCGAUGUGAAUGCCUUCCCUGCACUCGACGGCCAAACCGCUUUCGGACCGACAUUUACAUACGAAUACAGUGCGCGCGAUACGUACGGCGGUAAUAUCACUGGCUGGGGAUCAAACGACCCACUUAACGCGACAUGGUGGCACCGGGUUACAGAAGUAAUGGAGAACGACACAUCCCUCGUCCAAACGUUCAACACAUUGCAAGGCAAAUCUUCAGUCCGCACCAAGCCUUGUACUGGUGAAUGUAUUACUGCGAAGAUAUGUUACCUGCGUAGUGGAUCUUCCAGCAUUGCAAAGCAGAACUGUCCGGCAGGGUUCGGCUCUGUCCAAGGCUUGUUCUGAGCAAGAUGAUUUGUCUUGUGUGAAAAUGCAGAUGUGUGAUGGGCAUAAGAGUGGGGGUAAAAUAUUGGUUGGCAGUUGCAGGUUGCUAUGUGACGCUGAGGGCAGAUGUUGGGGA